UCAAAUUCUUCGUGCGCAAGGCACAUGGCUGUACAAAUACACGCUACCACAGCUUCCCAUACGCAUCUGAACCCCUGUCUGUCUCUUCUACCUUCGUCGUCGGAGAAGAACAACGCCCACAUCUAGCUCGAGUUCAUGGCUACGGGCGGGAGGCCAACAACCAUGCGUGCCAUCCAGUACACCGGCUAUGGCGGUGGAGCUGCUUCCCUCAAGGUCAACUCUGUGACUUCCUUCCAUGUUCAGUAUGUAGAAAUCCCAGUUCCUUUGCUAGGGAAAAAUGAGGUCCUUGUGAAAGUGGAAGCGGCAAGCAUAAAUCCAGCUGACUGGAAGAUUCAGAAAGGGAUGCUACGCCCAUUCCUCCCUAAAUUCCCUUGUAUUCCAGUGACAGACGUUGCUGGAGAGGUCGCUGAGGUUGGUUCUUCAGUACGCGAGUUCAAAGUUGCCGAUAAAGUUCUUUGCAGACUAAAGUUUGGGAAGGGCGGCGGCCUCGCCGAGUACGUCGUGGCAUACGAAAGCAAGAUCGCCGCCCGGCCUGCCGGAGUAUCCGCCGCCGAUGCCGCCGGCCUGCCUAUCUCGGGGCUCACGGCUCUCCAGGCCCUGAUGUCCAUCGGCACCAAGUUCGACGGCACGGGCCGCGGCGCCGACAUCCUGGUCACCGCGGCGUCCGGCGGCGUGGGCAUGUACGCCGUCCAGCUCGCCAAGCUGGGGAACCACCACGUCACGGCCACCUGCGGCGCUCGCAACAUGGAGGUCGUCAGGGCCCUCGGCGCCGACGAGGUCCUGGACUACAAGACACCAGAGGGGCAGGCCUUGACGAGCCCGUCGGGCCGGAAGUACGACUACGUCAUCAACACGACGGACGCCAGCAGGUGGUCGGCGCUCCGGCCGAGCCUGAGCGGCCGCGGCAGUGUCGUCGACGUGACCCCUAACCCCGGGAACUACAUCGCGUCCGUCCUGACCAUGUUCGCGAGGAAGAAGAUAUCGAUGCUGGCCCAGGUAUCGCUGGGGAAGGAGCACAUGAGGUUCCUGCUGGAGCUGGUGGCGGAAGGGAAGCUCAGGACGGUGGUCGACUCGCGGCACCCGUUCGAGAAGGCGGCGGAGGCGUGGGAGAGGAGCAUGGCAGGACAUGCCACGGGGAAGAUCAUCGUUGAGAUGUGAUGACUGAUGAGUCGCUUGUAUCUCAUAGGUGGUUGACUGCUUGUGUUGGAUGAAGGAAGUAAAAGCAAUGAUACAAGACGGUGUGCGCUAGUGGCCAUAGCCUUUCCUCCGCCACUGUCUAAUGCCAAUUCCAUUGAUUAAAAUGAAGGAAAGACGAUCUGGUGUGAUCUAUUAGACUC